AUGCUUGCAUGCGCAGACAAGGAGGCUGGGAACACUCCUCAGAUUGUGUACUACCAAGGCGGUGUGGGGUCCAAUGGGACAGGAACAUUGAUAUCAGACUACUUGCCAAUUCAAGAGAUUAGCAGCCUUGUGUCUGGCAGCUUAGCAGCGCUCUUUGGCUGGGGUCUCGACGAAAACAUUAUUCAGUGCUACCAUUUCCUGUCUCAAAAUUACAGUAAGGGCGAUGAGAUAUUCGUUUUCGGCUUCUCCCGUGGGGCGUACACUGCGCGCUCUCUUGCAGCUCUAGUGACCACAAUGGGACUCCUCCUUCCUCAACACUUGCAAGACUUCAGGCGCGCCUACCAGAUGUAUCACGACCUGCGCUUCAUCAAAAGGCUGGAGGAAAAGAUGUUCAAGGGAGUCACGGUGAAGGCUGUAGGGGUCUGGGAGACGGUUGGAGCUCUGGGGUUGCCCGACAGCAAGCUGACGAACUUCUUCCCGUCACUCAACCGCCGAUUCAAAUUCCACGACGCAGCUCUAAACUCUCGCAUCGAAAACGCAUUCCAGGCGCUGGCGCUCGACGAACACCGCGGGGCCUUCACCCCGACGCUCUGGUACCUCGACCCGCACUACCUCGACGACUACCACGAGCAAAACAAAAACGACCCCUCCAGCGAACACGGCGGCAAACUGCGCAACUCCCUCCAGGGCAAAAAAGUCCCGAACCUCAAACAAUGCUGGUUCCCGGGCUACCACGAAACCAUCGGCGGCGGCAACACGCUCGCCAACGCCUGGAUGCCCGACAACACCGACAUCGACGACAUCGCGCUGGCCUGGAUGUGCGACCAGCUCGAGGGCCUGCUCGCCUUCGACACCGACGCUGCCGAGCGCAUCCUCUUCUCCCCACCCCCGUCCGACACCCCCUCCUCCUCUCCCCCCUCCGCCCCGAACGCGCAACAGCAGCAGUGGGCCCUCGGCACCAACAUCGACCUAAUGACCCUCAUGCCCCCGCUCCGCCUCGCCGUCGCCGGCGGCAGCCACGCGCGCACGCCCGGCCAGUACCGCAAAGACCUGGGCGCGGAAGAGGAGCGCGCCGCGCCGCGCGACUUCGCGACGAACGAGUCUGUCCACCCGUGCGUGCGGCACCGCGUCGAGGGUUUCGCGCGGGCGGCCGUGCCGUACAGGCCGGCGCCGUUUUUUCCUCCGCCGCGGCAGCAAAGUUCGAGCCACGGCCAUGGGCUGGCGCAGCAGCAGCAGCAACAGCCGCAGUGGCGGUGGGAGGAGAGCACGAAGCGAGGAAGUGGAGAACCGGAUGGGAACGGGGCGAAGUGGGUGAGGCCGGGGGUGCCGGCGUAUGACGGUGGUGGUGGUGGUGGUGGUGGUGUCGGAGGGUGGCUGCUGCUGCCGUCGUCGUUGUCGUUGUGGUGGUGGUGGGAGCAGAAGAAGCCCCAGCAGCAGCAGCAGCAGCAGCAGCAGCAGCAGCAGCGGUCUGUCAUGCUGCACGAGUGGGUCGUGCGCGAGAUGGACGGCCGCACCAACUUCGAGGCGCGCCUGCUGCCGUGGAUCGUCAAGGAGCAGCUGUGGGCGCGCAACCGCCGGCUGCUGAAGCAGUCGGACGAGGGGGCCUUCGAUGAGAAGCAUGGGUGCAGGUUGUUUUGGACCAGGUCGAAUUGGGGGUCGAAGAAGGUCGUUGAGGGGGGGAACUGCCGGGUGCAUGGUGAUGCGCUUGUGGCGGUGCGGACCCUGCGGGGGGAUGAGCGGCCUGAGGCUGGGAGGGGGGAUGAAGUGCCUGAGGCUGGGAGAGCGGAUGAGCGGCCUGAGGUUGGGAUAGUGGAGAGGGUAGCGGUGAGGAAUGUUCAUGCAGAGGAGGAUGAGUCGGUGGUGCAGAAGCAACCGCAUGAUGUCAGGGCAUCAGCGUCGAGAUGGACACCAGAUCACGAGGGGACCAUAUUUGAAGGUGGUCCUGUUGGUGGGACUUCAUUAACUGUGGAUGAAGAAUUGUGA